AUUUUCUACAAAUUAAAUCAAAUCAUAGGGAAAAUCAUUUACGACGAAGAAUAGGACGACGACAAAAUAAAAAUAAUAUUCCUUUAAACGCAUAUUUUCUUCGAGAUGGUCGUCAUGGACGUCAAAAUAAUCAAAGUAGACGUAUAUCAGCUUCUAUAACACAAACAUAUCCAUAUCCAAUUAGUAAUUCAUCAAAACGACCUAGUAGUGAAACAAUUAUUAGUACACAAUUAAACAGUAGACGAACAUCGAAAGGUGUAUUGAACAUGGAUGAAGUUUAA